UAAAGCUAUACUAGAAGAGAGUAUGUGAACUAGAUGGAUCCUUGCGGUCACCGCAAAUAAGCUUGGCAUGUUCUUUGACAAACCGCAAUAUAAGAACAGUGGAAGCAUGAGCGUAUGCUUCUCUCGUGAAGCAUUCCGUGGUGUUCCUCCUCGGUCUGUGUGCUCCAUUGAAACACUACCUCAUUAAAAUAGAGGAAUGGGAGACUCCUGCCUCGAGGGGUACAAGCCUGGCCUGGCCAUGGUGGUGACGCAGUGCAUCUACGCCGCCAUGGCUCUCUCAGCCAAGGCUGCCUUCACCGAGGGCAUGAACACCAUGGUCUUUGUUGUCUAUAGACAGGCCAUAGCCACUCUUGUCUUGGCUCCCACAACCAUUCUAGCAAAAGGGGGGAAUUUGAGUCAGAUGAGCUUGGGCUGGAGAGCCUUUUGUUUGGUGUUUGUUGCUUCUCUUGUUGGUGCCACCCUCAACCAGUACUGCUAUUACCAAGGGCUGGACUUGGCAUCUUCAUCAAUAGCGACGGCUAUGAGCAACCUAAUUCCCGCAGUUACGUUUGUUAUGGCAGCUUCUAUUGGUUUAGAGAAAGUGAAACUACGGAGUUUGAGAAGCAUGGCCAAGGUACUUGGGACUGCCAUCUGCGUUGGAGGAGCAAUUUCCAUGGCAUUUUUCAGAGGUUCAAGCCUCCUGAAUGUUGGAUAUCAAACUGUAACCCAACUCUUACACUCAGCAGAUAAAACAUGGAUGAUUGGCGUCCUCUUUCUCAUGGGAAGCAGUUGUUGCUGGUCAUUUUGGCUUAUCUUGCAGGUGCCAAUUUGUAAGUCACAUCUUGACCCAUUAUCACUAUCGGCUUGGAUGUGCCUUAUAUCGACCUUCCAAUCAGUUAUUCUCACAUUUUGCUUGGAACCAAACCUGAGUGCUUGGAAGAUUACUUCAAUCUUAGAGCUUUUGUGUUGUUUAUUUGCAGGAGUUUUUGGAUCAGGUGUCACCUUUUAUCUCCAAUCUUGGUGCAUAUCUGUAAGGGGGCCUCUGUAUUCUGCAAUGUUUAAUCCACUCUGCACCGUCAUUACUACCAUUUUGGCUUUCAUUAUACUUAAUGAAAAACCCCAUGUUGGAAGCUUAAUUGGUUCUGUUGCAGUUGUGGGUGGUUUGUAUAUAGUGUUAUGGGGUAAAGCCAAGGAUCUCGACACCAAGAGCAAGCCAGAUAUAAAAGAUGAUUCUUCAAAUAUAUCAAUACCUAAUGAUGCACAAGAUAACAAUUAUGGAAUAGAUAUCGAAGAACCUCUACUGGCAGAAAAACCAGAUGAUCUGGAAAGUCAGACUGAAAGUGAGACAGUUAUUUGUCAUUAACAUAUGCCUAUACAGGGAUUGUACGUUUUACACCAUAUGCCUACACAGGGAUUCUACAUCCAUGUUGUUUUAGUUGCCUUUAAUGAAGAAAAUACUUGUGCUCGAA